UGUAUAAAGCAUGGUGUGGGCUCAGCUGAGGACAGGGGUCAAGGACAUUCACCUUUAAUUUAUGUAACCAUCGAUAAUGUAACCUCGCAGGUCCAAUUAUCGUCCUUUGUGGCGUUAUAUAAAGCUCAAUAGAACAUAUAGAAUUGAAAAGAUUCGAGUUACCUUUGCCAUGGGCACACACAACAGUAGGGCCUGUCAGGGGUUCGAACCCAGAACCUCUAACCAAAGACCAUACCACGUAACGUUAUUCCGUAACAUUCGUAUAUUCCGUGGAAGUCGAUCGUAUUCUAUGUAAUUUCGUAAAAUUAGUAUGUGUUGGAGGCCAAACUUGGACCGUAGAAUUUGUAUGAAUACUUUGGCACUGCAGGGAACUAGACCCUACAUCUGCUUGCAGUUCACAUAAUGAAUGUUCGAAUCUCCCGCCCUUAGAAACGAUCCCAUGUUGCACUGCGCGCAGACCGCGCCCCUUUUCUGCGAUCAGCUGUUUUCAGCAACAUGGUGACCAGAGUCGAGUCCGCGGGCGAACUGGUGGCCAGAGCUGUGUCCACGUUCACUGACCGCUUCGGAGAGAAGCCCACAACUGCAGUAUGUGGCCCCGGAAGAGUCAAUCUGAUAGGAGAGCACACGGACUACAACGAGGGCUUCGUGUUUCCUAUGGCCCUCCCCAUGGUGACCGUUGUUGUUGGGAGGAAGACAGACACAGGUGUGUGCCGUGUGGUGACCACAGCUGAGAGUGCUGAUGACCCCAAACAGGUGGAGUUCCCAGUACCCAGCACUGCCAACCCGCUCCAGCCGGGAAAACCUGCAUGGGCAAACUAUGUCAAGGGAGUUGUGGCUAAUUUCAAAGGUGAGGUUUGUUCCUUUGACGCUGUGUUGGCGUCCUCGGUUCCCCUGGGUGGGGGUCUGUCCAGCUCUGCCUCCCUGGAGGUGGCAACCUACACAUUCCUGGAACAGCUCAACCCACAGGACCCCCCUGUGAGUCUGAAGGAGAAGGCCCUGGCCUGUCAGAAGGCUGAACAUGAGUUCCCAGGCAUGCCCUGUGGAAUCAUGGACCAGUUCAUUUCUGUCAUGGGGAAGGAGGGACAUGCUCUACUACUGGACUGUAGGUCAAUGGAUGCUCAGCUGGUUCCCCUGGACAAUCCGGAUGUUGUUGUCAUGGUAACCAACUCCAACGUGCGGCACGAGCUGACGGGUAGUGAGUACCCCACCAGGAGGAGACAGUGUGAGGAGGCCGCCAAAAUCCUGGGGAAAAACAGUCUGCGAGAAGCUACCAUGGAUGACUUGGAAGCUCACAAGGACAAGUUUGAGCCUGAGGUGUUGUGUCGUGCUCGCCAUGUCAUCGGGGAGAUCCGCCGCACAACAGAGGCUGCCGACGCCCUCCGAGCUCGAGAUUACGCCAAGUUUGGGAAACUGAUGGUGGAAAGUCACAACUCCCUUAGAGAUGACUAUGAGGUGAGCUGUGCAGAGUUGGACACCCUGGUAUCUGCUGCUAUGGAGUGUACGGGUGUGUACGGGUCCAGGAUGACUGGGGGAGGGUUUGGUGGCUGUACUGUCACCCUGCUGUCAGCUACCGCUGUCCAGGACACCAUCAGUCACAUCAAGAAAAAGUACACAGGAGAGCCCACCUUCUACAUCACUACUCCAGCAGCUGGGGCCAGUGUGCUGCAGAUCCCAUAGAACACUCAGUCUGGCUAGCUACAAACUGUAACAGCAAACAACCCAUUUGUUUAUUGAAGUCCC